GAGAAGGAACGAGCGCACGAGGGGGCCCGGCCCAUGCGAGCCAUCUUCUUGGCUGACGGCAAGAUCUUCACGACCGGCUUUAGCCGAAUGAGCGAGCGGCAGCUGGCGCUGUGGGACACGGAGAACCUGGAGGAGCCCAUGGGGCUGCAGGAGCUGGACUCCAGCAACGGGGCUCUGCUGCCCUUCUAUGACCCCGACACCAACGUGGUCUACGUCUGUGGCAAGGGUGACUCAAGCAUCCGAUACUUUGAGAUCACGGAGGAGCCACCCUACAUCCACUUCCUCAACACCUUCACCAGCAAGGAGCCCCAGCGGGGCAUGGGCUGGAUGCCCAAGCGUGGGCUGGACGUCAGCAAGUGCGAGAUCGCCAGGUUCUACAAGCUGCACGAGCGCAAGUGUGAGCCCAUCAUCAUGACGGUGCCAAGGAAG